AUUCACUGGCCCCUAAAGAAACUUCUCUCUCAGGCCACAAUAUAACCAGAUACCAGACACCCGAGAUGUUUUGGAGAGAGGGUUGUGGAGCCAAGAUUGCAGCUCCUUAUUGAGGAAAACAGUCCUCAAGGAUCCGGAGUCAUUUCUCCCGUGUUCAGCUUGAAAACCUUGGGCGACUUCUGGAGAUUUCAACCUCUCACAAAUGCAGAAACGUGACUGGCGCAGCAUCCUUUCCGGAAUUGGUGAUGUCUUUCUGUAAGGGUUGAUUUUCCAUCCCAUCAACCAAAUCGGGAAAGCCGGAGCAUCCUUUUCUCCAAGAAUGACAGUUUCCAAGGCAGGAAAGGUAAAGAGACAAAGAAAGUGCCUUGUACAGACGCAAACGGAGGUGUAGACUGUGCAGCUGCUGAAGUGGUGACAAGCAAUCCAGGGGACCAUGAAAGGGUCUUAAUGCAAGUCAUGAAUUUGGAUGUGCCGACGAGGCCUGGCAUUCUUGUCCAGAGACAGAGUAAGGAAGUGUUGGCCACACCCUUAGAAAACAGAAGGGACAUGGAGGCAGAAGAGGAGAACCAAAUAAAUGAGAAGCAAGAGCCUGAGGAUGCUGGAGAAACUGGUCAAGAAGAGGAUGAUGGUUUGCAGAAAAUACACAUAUCUGUCACUAGAACUCCAUCAGCUGUUGAAAGCCAAAAAAGACCUUUAAAAGGAGUGACAUUUUCUAGGGAGGUAAUUGUUGUGGAUCUUGGAAAUGAAUACCCUACACCUCGAAGCUAUACUCGAGAACAUAAAGAGAGAAAAUGAAGCUCAAAAAAGGGUAAGAGUGAAAGAAAAUGUAACCUUUGACUAACAUUGAAAUGACUGAGGGUACAAAAUCAUGUUGAAACAACAAAACAAUGGGGAAUUAAGCAAAUAAAGAUAGUAUUUUACCUUUGUGCAGAAAGAAGUGGGCCAUGUGCAAAAUUCUGUAAGUAAAAUACUUAGAGCUUGAAUAUAGUUUUUUAAAAAUUCAAAUCUGGGUUCAAGAAAUUGAUUGUAUUGCCCUUAAAACUGUCUACUCAAACACCGUCCUGGCAUGUGAAUAAAGUGAUUUUUGUUUGUACA